AUGCCAUCUGAAAAGCCUUCAACACAGCCUUCUGAUGUGCCGACUACUCCCCCAAGUAAUCCACCAAGCAAAUCUCCCAGCACACCACCCAGUAGGACGCCAUCUGAGAGUCCAAGUUUGCUGCCGAGUGAAUCACCCAGCAUUCCACCCAGUGAGAUGCCAUCCAAAAAGCCGUCAACACAGCCUUCUGAUGUGCCAACUACUCCCCCAAGUAAUCCACCAAGCAAGACUCCCAGCACACCACCCAGUAGAGCGCCAUCUGAGAGUCCAAGUUUACUGCCCAGUGAAUCACCCAGCAUUCCACCCAGCACGAUGCCAUCCGAAAAGCCGUCAACACAGCCUUCUGACGUGCCAACUACCCCCCCAAGUAAUCCACCAAGCAAGACUCCCAGCACACCACCGAGUAGGACGCCAUCUGAGACUCCAAGUUUACUGCCCAGUGAAUCACCCAGUAUUCCACCCAGUAGGAUGCCAUCCGAAAAGCCCUCAACGCAGCCCUCUGAUGUGCCAACUACCCCUCCAAGUUCUCCACCAAGCAAAACUCCCAGCACACCACCCAGUAGGAUGCCAUCCGAAAAGCCCUCAACGCAGCCCUCUGAUGUGCCAACUACCCCUCCAAGUUCUCCACCAAGCAAAACUCCCAGCACACCACCCAGUACGAUGCCAUCUGAGACGCCUUCAACACAGCCAUCUGAUGUGCCCACUACCCCCCCAAGUUCUCCACCAAGCGAUCAGCCAAGCACUCCACCCAGUCUAAAACCAUCGGAGAAACCAUCAACACCACCAUCAGUCACGCCCUCAAAUACUCCUAGUUCUCCCCCAAGUGAAUCGCCGAGUUCACCACCCUCGUCGCCGCCAUCUGAGAAACCAUCAACACAGCCUUCGACACCCCCGACUACUACCCCAAGUUCUCCGCCAAGCAAAACUCCAAGCACACCACCGAGCAGAACGCCAUCUGAGACUCCAAGUUUACCACCCAGUGAAUCACCCAGUAUUCCUCCCAGUAGGAUACCAUCUGAGAAACCAUCAACACCACCAUCUGAUACCCCCUCAGUGAAACCUAGUUCGCCUCCAAGCGAUCAGCCAAGCACUCCACCCAGUCUAAAACCAUCGGAGAAACCAUCAACACCACCAUCAGUCACGCCCUCGAAUACUCCUAGUUCCCCCCCAAGUGAAUCGCCAAGUUCGCCACCCUCGUCGCCGCCAUCUGAAAAGCCUUCAACACAGCCUUCGACACCCCCGACUACUCCCCCAAGUUCUCCGCCAAGCAAAACUCCAAGCACACCACCGAGCAGAACGCCAUCUGAGACUCCAAGUUUACCACCCAGUGAAUCACCCAGUAUGCCUCCCAGUAGGAUGCCAUCUGAGAAACCAUCAACACCACCAUCUGAAGCCCCCUCUGUGAAACCCAGUUCACCUCCUAGUGACCAGCCAAGCACUCCACCAUCACCAAGACCAUCAGAGGACCCAUCAUCUCCUCCGUCCUAUGUGCCAACUGUUGCCCCCAGCUCGCCACCAAGUGAAGUUCCAAGUGAAACACCAACUGUGGACCCAAGUCCAGUUCCUUCUGAAGCCCCAUCAGUUGAACCCUCUUUACCACCUUCAUCUAGGCCAUCAGAAAUUCCUAGCAUGCCACCAAGCAAUGUGCCAAGCACACCACCCUCAGUCAUCCCCUCAGAAGAACCUUCUUCUCCACCAUCGCACAUGCCAUCAGAAAUCCCCAGUUCCCCUCCUAGUAAGAAACCAAGCACACCACCAUCACUGAGUCCCUCAGAGGUGCCAUCGUCACCACCAUCAUACUUGCCGUCAGAAUCGCCCAGUUCUCCUCCAAGCACCCUGCCAAGCAACCCGCCAUCACAGAUGCCAUCAGAAAAACCAUCCUCCCACCCUCAGUUGCACCAUCCCAUCCCACCCUGACCCAUCA